UCGCAAUGACUCGAGGCAAGAAACGGUCGGACAGCCAAGAAUUCGAUCGUGUAAUCGAGCAACGAUGAACGGAUUUAUUCGAACAUUCCGCUUUCCGACGUUCGUCCUUCUAUUCGCCACAUUCGUCGUUGGUUCAGGGGCGUACGAAGCAAAUGUUGGGAGUCUGUCGUACAGCAGCGCUUCAGCGAAUGCGUACAGUUCUCCAGGAACAGCAAGUGCAUUGUUCGGAAACGAGGGACACAAAGGAAUUCGUAGUUACGACACCAGUGGCGGACAUAACCAGCCAAACGGUGGAGGAGGCCAGCCAAACGGCCACCAAGACGGUGGUUGCAAAUGGUCCAAAUGUAAAUGGGAGAACGAUGAUUAUUGGGAGAAGGACGAAGAAGAAACUGAACCAGAAGAGGAAGACGAGGACGAGUGCUACGGCGGGGACGAUGGACAAUACAAAGUUCACGAUCACAGGCAGAAAAACAAAGGAGGAUCGCCUCCUGGCGUGCAGAAAUUAGCCGCGCCUAAUCCUUUCAACGGUCAACAACCGUACACAGGAAGUGGUGCUCCUUCUUUUGGAACACCAAUCAAUGACUAUUCGCAAGCCACAGCACACGGAUCGCGACAACCGUCCAAUCAACAACCUGGUUCGAAUCAAAGAUACGAUGGUUCAACACCUGGAACAGGUUCGCAUCCUCCCUCGUGGAACUCGGCUCCUGGAAGUUGGUCGAAUGCAGAUGUAUCCACGGAUAAAAAUAGACCUAAAACAGGUUUUGGAUGCACAGGCAAUUAUCAACGCGAGACUGGCUGUGCUCAAGACUCAAGCGGUGCCUCUCCUGUCAAACAAGCUCUAUCACCAUUCCCCGGAAUUGAAGGCACGAAGGAAAGUUCUCCUGGUUACCUCGACAGUCCUGCGCCCGGAUGUUCGGGUAGUCCCUAUGAAAAAUGUGUCGAUAAAUCGGGAAGCCAACCAACGAGACCACACGAUAGUGAUAAAUCUUCAUACGGACCAGAUAUAGGGCAAGGGCGAUAUCCUGGAUCGCAGCAAAACGUACCUUACAGCCCACAAUACUCUAAACCACCAGAGAGUAACACAGGGCCUUACAGUCAACUAUCGCAAAAUGUAGCUAAUCCUCAUGUUGGAACAGGUCUGGAUUCUGGUGCAGGCAGGACGCCAAUAUUCGGUUCCACAGACUCAUCUCCAAUCGGUUCCCCGUUUGGAAUUGCGCAAACGUCAAAUAACGCGCCACCUGUAACUCAGAAGUUAGGUUAUAGCAGCGCGAAAGGAGGUCCUUCGGGUACGAAUGCAAGAUCUAGAACCAAUGCUUCGAAGGAUGGAGAUAGUAAAAUAUUUUAUAUAAACGUGACCCCUUCUUCGGAAAAACCUGAAGGAUAUAAACCUUCAAAUGCGCAACCCUCUUAUCGGCCUAAUUACAGUGCUACUGGAACAACGAAACUUUCUUAUCAACCUACUCCUCACGGCGAUGCUCAAACUACGAAAUCUUAUCAACCUACUUUCUACGAUGGAAAAACGCAAUCCUCGUAUCAGCCUGAUUCUGACUUUGAAACGACGAAACCCUCUUAUCAACCUGGUAUUUAUGAUGCAACGACGAAACCUUCUUACCAACCUAAUCCUUACGAUUACAAUGCUCAAACGACGAAAUCUUAUCAACCUGCUUCCUACGAUGGAAAAACGCAACCUUCGUAUCAGCCUGGUUCUGACUUUGGAACGACAAAGCCUGCUGCUUAUCAACCUGGCGUUUAUGGUGGAACAACGAAACCUUCCUAUCAACCUGGUCCAUAUAGUGGAACAACAAAGCUUUCUUAUCAGCCCGGUCCUUAUAACGAUUUUGGAACGACAAAGCCUGCUUAUCAACCUAGUCCAUACAGUGGAACAACAGUGAAACCUUCUUAUCAGCCUGGGCUUUAUAACGAUUUUGGAACGACGAAGCCCGCUUAUCAAUCUGGCGUUUAUGGUGGAACAACGAAACUUUCCUAUCAACCUAGUCCAUACAGUGGAAUUGGAACAACGAAGCCUUCUUACCAGCCUGGUCCUUAUAAUGAUUUUGGAACGACAAAGCCCACUUAUCAACCUGGUGUUAUGGGAACAACGAAACCUUCCUAUCAACCUAGUCCAUAUAGCGGUACUGGAACAACAAAGCCUUCUUACCAGCCUGGUCCUUAUAGCAAUUUUGGAACGACAAAACCUGUUUAUCAACCUGAUGUUUAUGGUGUAACAACGAAGCCUUCCUACGAGCAUAAACCUUACAAAGGCCCAGACGAAAUAAAACCUCUAUCGGGCUGUCAGAGCGGAUCUCGAGGUUGUGAAAAUAGGAGCGGAUGUGGCAGUGAGACAAAAUCACCAGAUUCUUGUGGUCAGCCUGGUGUCUCCGUAGAUAUUAGUAAGAUCUCUGGACCAAUAGUAGGCUCUGACGCGUAUCCAAAUGAUUUUUCUCAAAGCACUCAAAAAAUCACUCCUGGAACGAGCGGUCAACCAUUUAACGGAUCUCCUUUUGGAAGUGGUAAUAGUCCAUACAAUUGCGUAAACGGAAUUGGUUGCGUUUCUGGGCCAGGAAGCCCAUCGUAUGCUCCUGGAAAAUUUGAUAAAACAAAUACGAUUGUGGAAGGAGGAGGAUCGUAUCCAUCGAAUCCAUUUCUAACCGGGAAGAUUUCUAGUCCUGAAAUUGGUGGACCAAUCGUAACAAGUACCAGUAAACCGAUCGGUCAUGGAAAUCCUUUUCUGCAAGGAAACGUUGGUGCCAUCUCAGGAGCUUGGAGUCAGUCCGUCGGUGGAACAGUAGCGCAUCCUAGCGGUGGUAAUAAAAAUGUCAUUUCGACGGGAGAAGAAGCAGCCAGACCAAUAGGCAAAGACAAUCCCUUUCUUCAUGGAUCAGGAUCUGCACGAGGAGAUAUAGGAAUCAAUGACAAAACGACAACAGAAUCUGAUUCAUUGAUUCCUACCAACGAUCGAACUUAUGCUAAAUCAGGUCAAACGAGUGGAAGUCCUGUCAGCCAUUAUCCUGGAUUGACCAAUGAUGGAAGCUCAUUAGCCACGAAAAAUCCAUCUGGGACAAAUCGCGGCUCGGGAAGCGGAGGAGGUAUUGGAAUCGGUCCGACAGACUUUGGAAACCUUCCUGGUUCCCAUUCUUUCGGUGACGCCAUUCCUGGAGCCUUUGCUAACUCGCAAGCUUCUAGUUAUGCUAAUUCCGGCUCAUAUUCUGGUUCUGGAGCACCGUCUUUUGGACAAGCGAACAGUGGAAGUUGGGCUUCUAGCGGAGCGAAUGCAGGUUCCUGGUCCUCCAGCAGCGCUUCCGCUUAUGCGAGCAGCAACGCUGGCAGUUGGUCAGGGGGACAACCAAGUCACGUGAAAGGAUAAUCGACGAAAAAAGAUGACAUUGCCAGAUGUUGAAAAUAAAUUUCAAUCAUUCUCACAUUACGAAAAAGAUCCUUUUAUUUUGUCUCAUUUGCACAAUUUUAUUUAUAAUCUAUUUUAGUUUCUCAUUUACGAUACAAUCUUGUAUGAAAAAAAAACUCACUGUUUUUUUUAAAUCCUACAUGCGCGUAUGUUGAUAAUUAAUCCGAGAAUUACUGCCAAUUCCUCGAAAUGAUUGAUCACUAUGUUGAGAUUAUUAUCAAGAUGUUUCGAUAGGUAAUAACGUAAUCGAUGAAUCGGAUAUACUGUUAACGGAUCUGAUGUAUUAUCGUUAAAAAAAUACAAAUCAAUAAAAAAUA